AUGGCGCAUCAUAGGCGGAACCAGAGCAGACAGCAACGCGAUCCUCCUCCUUCUCUUUUCCUGCAUCCGUCUCCCGCAGGAUCUCAUGUGGAACUUCCAGGCAUUUUGGCCCCAGGGGCUCCUGUUCCAGGACCUUCGGGCGGUCUAAGCAAUGAGCGACCUUUAAAUCCAAGCAGCUCGUCUCUGUCCAUUCACAGCGCAAAUGGUCCACGAGGCCCUAGAUCCAUUGAGAGUUCAAGAACUGCUGACAGGACAGAUGCUUUGUGGGCUGAGAUGCAAGCCACAUUGCAGGAGGUGGAAUUAUCAGCAUCUGGAGGAACUCAUGUAUUUGGGCCAGAACACGACCGUAAGCUUAAUGAAUUGCGGGCUGCACAAAUCGCUCUUGCCCAAGCUUGGGCCCGAAGCGAAGCAGACGAGGUCAUUGAAACAGCUAUGCAGGAGAAUAUGACGGCAACAGCAGGGACUGCCGACCACCACAACCUCAAAACAGCUUUUGGGGAUGCCUCAAAAUCCGCGGGCGAGGGCACGGAUGCUGCAAAAAGUACAGUGCAGUCCAAUAGUGCAAGGCCGAUGAGCAGGGGGGAAGAGGUUGAACGACUUGGUGCCAAGCUGGAAGAAGAGACCGAGGCCGAUAUCCUUUUGGCCAGGAAGCGUCGAGAAGCCAAUGACCAAUACUUCCAGCAGGUUAAUGCUGGUGUCCUGGACGUCGUUGCUAAGCUGGAGGAGGUUGCUGUGGCCAUGCGGGCCGUUGAGCAAGAGAGCAAAGAUAUAUGGAAUGAUGUUGAACUUCCAUCAGAAGCUAUCAAAAACUAA